GACUAAUCAACAGGCAGAGGAACAUCUGGAGCCUCAGUGAGCGAGGGGGCUGAUCCUGACUCACGGGGAACUGGCAGUGUUCACUUCGCACUGUGACGCGCACAGCAGCCGCACACAACCACGACCUGCGCCGUGCACGAGCUUCAUGACAUCAGAGUUCAACACCGAACACUGAGCAGACAUGAUGGAGCGGUGGUGGGCGUGGCAGUUUGCCCUGGUCGUCCUGGCAACCGUUACCCUCAGCGCCUCCGAUGUGAAGAACGCAGAGUUCCUCUCCGACACUCUGAUCAACAACAUGGUGGCCAACCCUGCCACGGGCCGGCUGUACGUCGGCGCCGUCAACCGCAUCUACCAGCUGAGCCCCGACCUGGAGGUGGAGUUCAGCGCCGAGACGGGCCCCAAGCGGGACAACAGACAGUGCACGCCGCCCGUCACCGAAGCGUGCAGCGAGGCCGUGGACACCGACAACCACAACAAGCUGCUGCUGGUGCACGGCGCCAAAGACGUGCUGGUGGUGUGCGGCAGCGUUUUCAGGGGCAUCUGCUCGCUGAGGAACCUGAGCAACGUGGACCAGCUGCUCUACUUCAGCGACACCAAAGGAGAGAAGUCGUACGUGGCGAGCGCCGAGGAGGGCGUCUCCGUGGUGGGAGUGAUGUCAUACUUCUCCAAGGAAAAAAAAGAGAACUUCACCGUGUUCCUGGUCGGUAAAGGCUACGGCAGCCACGACAGCACCAAGCUCAUCUCCACCCGCAUCCUCCAGGACUCCGGUGAUUGGGUGGUGUUCGACAGCAUCAUCGAGGCCUCGGCGGUCCAGGCCAACCCCUUCGUCCUGCGCUACCUCCACGACUUCCGCUUCGCCUUCAAAGACGGCGGCUUCGUGUACUUCCUGUUCUCGCGGACGCUCGGCGUGCAGGACACCAAGAACUUCACGUUCAUCUCCAGGAUGUGCGAGGACGACCAGAGUUACUACUCGUACACGGAGCUGCAGCUGAACUGCAGCAAGAACAACAUGUACAACAAAGUUCAGGCUGCCUACGUAGCGACGCCAGGAGAUGUGUUGGCUCUGAACUUGACAGCCCAGUACGGAACCGUGUGGGCCUCCGACAAGGUCCUGUUCGUCACCUUCACGUCUGACGAGGACCCGUCCACUUCAGCCAUGUGUAUGUAUCCUCUGCGCUCCAUUAACACUCAGCUGGUGAAGAUAAUCAGCGCCUGUUACAACAACCACGGCUUCAUUGACGAAAAGGCCGCCAUCUACUCGCCCUACUCCUCGUCGGAGAAGCUGUGCAUCAACAAAAAUAACAUCGACAUGGCCGUCGAGUACAAGUGCGGAGCCGAGUUCCUGCAGUCCCCGCUGGCCAGCAAGGCCGAGUUCGCCUUGACGUCAAAUAUCGCGUUGGUGCGUAAGGGUCACAUGACCGCCGUGGCCGUGGCUGUGGAGAUGGAGCACACUGUGGCGUUCCUGGGCACCGCCACCGGAGAGGUGCUGAAGGUGCAUCUGUCGGAUCAACCCGACGUGUACGGGCGAGCGCCGGGCGACGUCACCGCAGGCAAGGUCAACAAGAACCUGCUGUUCGAUUCCAGCCUCCAACACCUGUACAUCACCACGGAGAAAAAGAUCACCAAGGUUCCAGUCCAGGCCUGUCACCUGAAGACAGACUGUCAGUCCUGCGUCUCCAUGAAGGAUCCGUACUGUGGCUGGUGUGUCCUGGAGGGAAGGUGCACCAGGAAGCAGGAGUGCGGCAGGUCCACGGAGGAGAACACCUGGCUGUGGUCGCCCAAUCAGAAGUGCGUUCAGAUCGAGGCCUUCGACCCGCCCAACCUCAGCUGCAGGAAGACGCAGCAGGUGGUCAUCACCAUCCCCACCCUCCCCCGGCUGAGUCAGGACGACACCCUCUGCUGUUGGUUCGGCUCCUUCUCCAACGAUGGCGUGAUGAGCUACAGCAGUUCGGUGCAGGUCACGUGUUCGCUGCCCCACCCCGGUGCAAUCCCCCCCACUCCGGAGCAGCAGGACUACGUGUCCGUCCCAGUUAGAGUUCUGGUUAACAACAAAAUCGAGGUGACGUCUGGAAAGUAUCACUUCUACAACUGUGCUGCGACAAUCAGGAAGAACCAAAACACACCGUGCAUAGCGUGUGUGACCAGUGAAUGGGGGUGUCAGUGGAACGCUCAGGAUCACAGCUGCAGUGACAGCGACGCUGCUGCAGAUGGCGAUCACAUCAUCAAACCCCAACAGUCGGCCAGUUGUCCUCAGUUCGAGUCUCCGGAGCCGCUGCUGAUUCCCGUCGGCGUCAAGAUCCCGAUCAACUUCCAGGGAAGAAACCUGGACAUCUACCAGGGUCGCAGUUUGGCCAUCGGCACUGAGCUGAUGAAGCACACGGACGAGGAGGUCACUCGGGAGCAGGGGUCAAAGUUCAAAUUCACAGGUUAUGAGUUUUCCUAUGACAAGCAGCAGGAGGUGAACAUCUCCUUCCACAUCAAAGAAAGAGUCACUGAGAGGAAGAUUGACAGCUUGUUGACAGUGGUGCUGUAUAACUGCUCAGUGGGAAGAGAAGACUGCAGUUUGUGUAAACACGCCGACGCCAAGUACCAGUGUGUGUGGUGCUCCUCCUCUCGCUCCUGUGUUUACCGGGAGCUGUGCCCGUCACCGCAGCCGGCGCAGUGUCCCGACCCCGAGAUCACCGAUAUCAUCCCUCGCUUCGGGCCUCUCAACGGACGCAUCUCCGUCACCAUCAAAGGCUCCAACAUGGGAAUAAAGAAGGAGGACAUCAGGAAGAUCACGGUGGCCGGAGUGGACUGUGUCCACCAGGAGGAGCGAUACUCCGUCUCUACCAGUGUGGUGUGUGAGAUCGGCCCGGCGAAGCGAGCUCCCCCGUCCGACGUCCCGGUCAUACCGAAGGGAGCGGUGCAGAUCGAGCUGGAGGGAGGGAGGACAGGGACGUCUCAGGUCGACUUCACCUAUCGGGAUCCUAAACCUUCAACCGUGGGACCGGUGAAGGGUCCAGCAGCCGGAGGAACCGUGAUCUCCAUCAAUGGAACAGACAUGGAAACGGCGACUAAAGACGACAUUGCCGUCACCGUGGGAGGAGUUCCCUGUGAAAUUCUCUCCUUCGGCCAACGUAUCACCUGUGAGACGGGGAAGUACCGGGGACAGAAGGUUCCCUCCGAUCCGUUAACGGUGACGGUGAAAUACGGAAGGAACACGACCAAGGACGUCCCGGUCAAGUACCAGUACUCUGAAAACCCCAAGGUCAUAGACUAUAACCCCAAAGAAAGCUUCCUGUGUGGUGGUCGGAGGAUCGUGGUCGUGGGAAAUGGUUUUGACUUGAUCCAAAGAGCCACGAUCAAAGUUGCCUCUACUGACGAGUUCUCACAGGCUGCCGCUCGGGAAGAGUUUGUUCAGGAGUUUCUGAGUAAGAACGACACCGUCCUGGAGUUCUUCUCACCGAAAGUGAACAGCUCGCUCGACGCGCAGGUGUUCAGGACCUCGCUGCAUCUGGACAACUUGCCGGAGAACCUGGAGAACUUCGUCUACCACCCCAACCCCAGCUUCAACGACCUCCUCAAGAACGUCAUCACGGAGACCAGCAUCAUCAUCGUGACCGGUCGAGGCUUCUCCAAGGCGAUGAGCGCCAAAGAGGCUCAGGCGUUUGUCGGAAACGCCUGUCACGUUAACAUCCUGCAGGACGACAAGUUGAUCCUGGAGGCGCCGUCAACGCAGCCCAGUGCCAGAUCCAAACGCCACCGCAGAGACACGACCAACGACCUGCUGGAGCUCGUGGUGAAGUUCGGUCACGGCGAGUGGCUCGUGGGUUCCGUGUACUACGCCAGGAAAGACGACAUUCCUCUGGCUAUAAUCAUCCCGGCCGUCAUCCUGCCCAUGCUCAUCUUCAUCGCUGUGUCCGUCUACUGCUACAGGAGGAAGAGUCAGCAGGCGGAGCGAGAAUACGAGAAGGUCAAACACCAGCUGGAGAAUCUGGAGGAGAGUGUCCGAGAUCGCUGCAAGAAGGAGUUCACGGACCUGAUGAUUGAGAUGGAGGACCACACCAGCGACCUGAGCGAGGCCCGGAUCCCCUUCCUCGACUACAAGACCUACACCGACCGGACCUUCUUCCUGCCGUCGAAGGACGGAGUGAACGACACCAUGAUCACGGGACAGAUCCAGAUCCCAGAGGCCCGCAAGGCCAUCGUGGCUCAGGCGCUGACCCAGUUCUCCAACCUGCUGAACAGCAAAACCUUCCUCAUCAACUUCAUCCACACGCUGGAGAGUCGGCCGGACUUCAACGCCCGCUCUCGCGGUUAUUUCGCCUCCCUCCUGACGGUGGCGCUGCACGGCAAACUGGAGUAUUACACCGACAUCAUGAGGACGCUGCUGCUGGAGCUGAUGGACGAGCACGUGCAGAGCAAGCACCCGAAACUGAUGCUCCGCAGGUCGGAGACGGUGGUGGAGAGGAUGCUGUGUAACUGGAUGUCCAUCUGUCUCUAUCAGUUCCUCAGGGACACGGCAGGAGAACCUCUGUACAAACUGUUCAAGGCGUUGAAGCACCAGGUGGAGAAAGGACCUGUGGACGCCAAGAUGAAGAAAGCCAAGUACACCCUGAACGACACGGGGCUGCUGGGAGACGACGUCGAGUACUCUGUGCUGACUCUGCAGGUGCUGGUGCACGGGGAGGGACCAGACGUGACUCCAGUCAAGGUGUUGAGCUGUGACAGCAUCACACAGGUGAAAGAGAAGAUCAUCGAUCAGGUUUACAGGAACCUCCCGUACUCACAGAGACCGAAGGUGGAGAGUGUCGCUCUGGAGUGGCGCCCCGGCUCCACGGGUCAGAUCCUGUCCGACCUGGACCUGACCUCUCAGAAGGAAGGACGCUGGAAGAAGCUCAACACUCUGGCUCAUUACAACGUUCGUGAUAACGCCACGUUGGUUCUGUCCAGAGUUCUACACACACAGUCGUUCCAUCAGCACCAAGACAGUCAGGAAGAGAAAAACGCGCUGCUGGAGGACGACAACACUUUCCACCUGGUGCGGCCGGCGGACGAGCUGGACGAGGGGAAGUCGAAGAGAGGCAGCAUGAAGGACAAGGCCAUGACCAAGGCCAUCACUGAGAUCUACCUGACCAGGCUGCUGUCCGUCAAGGGCACGCUGCAGCAGUUCGUGGACGACUUCUUCCGCAGCGUGUUGUGCUCGGGCUCCGUCGUCCCUCCGGCCGUCAAGUACUUCUUUGACUUCUUGGACGAGCAGGCGCUGAGACACGACAACGUGGACGAGGAGACGCUGCACAUCUGGAAGACCAACAGCCUGCCGAUGCGUUACUGGGUGACCAUCCUGAGAAACCCCCACUACAUCUUCGACGUGCACGUGACGGAGGUGGUGGACGCGUCGCUGCACGUCAUCUCCCAGACGUUCAUCGACGCCUGCACCAAGACGGAGCACAAGCUCAGCAGAGAGUCUCCCAGCAACAAGCUGCUCUAUGCAAAAGAGAUCUCCACGUACAAGAAGAUGGUGGAUGAUUACUAUAAAGGCAUCAGACAGAUGGUUCCCGUCAGUGACCAGGACAUGAACACACACCUCGCCGAGGUGUCCAGGGAGCACACAGACAAGCUGAACCCCCAGUUGGCCUUACACGAGCUGUACCAGUACGCCAGCAAGUACUACGACGUGAUCAUCCAGUCGCUGGACGAGGACCCGGCCGCCCAGAAUAAACAGCUCACGCUCCGCCUCCAGCAGAUCGCCGCCGCCCUGGAGAACAAGGUCACUGACCUCUGACCUCUGACCUGGAGGAGGGGUCGGGGCGAGGAGCCGAUGGCUUGUAACACACAGGAUGUUGUUUUCCAUUUAAAGACUCAAAAGAGGAGGAGCUCACAGACUUGUGUGAGGACUGCAGGGGGAGGGGCUAGUGCAGCAGCAGCAGGAAGCUGUGGACCAUAUAAGUACUAAAGGGGAGGAGUUCUGGGACUAAUUAAGUGUUGAAAUGAGACGGAGGAGCUGAUUGGGCGUCCUUCCACUUGGCAUCCCUGAACCAGCACCAGGGAGGGAUGCAAAAUGGCGACGGCGAUACGGCAUCAGACGGACGCUCUUUGAAAUCAAAGGGUUAUUUUUAUAAUGGAAGCCAGGACUGUUCUGUGAUCUGCAGACCUGGCAACCCAAUGUCUGUGUUUGGCUUCUCUACACUUUACUUUACAAAGACUCAAGAAGUGCCACGCGAGGAAGAUGACGAUUUUUAAGAGGGACGAAGACUUGAAGUGAAGAAGAGAAACGAGUAUCUACUCCCUCGUCGAAGUUUCUCCGCUGCCGGACGCUUCGUGACCAUUUGUCCAUCUGUAGACUUGAGUUGAAUUUGCCUCUAGCGGCUGAUCUGAGGUCAGUUUGUCUGUUUUCCGUUCAACAGGGAGGAGCCUUCAUCCAAAAAGUGUGAAAACACUAAAACACUCAAAAUAAUCGAUCAAUGAAAACCCACUACGGUACAUACCACUGGCCAAUCAGGGCUCUUGGUUUGGUCCUGACGGCUCCAGAGGGAAUUCAGGGUACGAUGAGUUAAAUCCCAUUCGACCCGUUUCUACGCUCACGACCCAGUUGAGUAUUAUUCUUUGUGUGUGAGGCUCCGAGCAGAAGCUUCUCAUUUGCUUUCACAACACGAAAUUCAUCAUUUUAAUGGACUGACACGUGCCACUUAGUUUUUAUUGUGUUGAUCAGGUUGCUUUGUGAUGUCAUAUCCUGUGUGAGUGAGUGACCAGCUUGUUUUUACUUCCUGUGAAGAAUCACGGCUGCCUAAUCACGUGGUCUGAACAGCCCAACCCCUUCAAGUGACUUUCACUUUGUUUUUUUUACAGUGUAUGAUUUUAUUUCUUUUGUAAAACACACUUCAUAGAUAUUUGCUGCGUGUUUUUUUUAUUUUUAUGUUUUUCUGCACAUGAGAGGAAGUGAUUUAAGUGUCUUCUGAAGACCGGCUGCGUACGAAUUGUUGAAAUAAUGCUGAAAAUAAAUCCAGAAUCAAGGUAAAGUGUUGAGAUCUAUUCAAUCCAGUUAUUAUAGGACUGAACUGCAAGAAAUACACAGCCCAUCAGAGUUUGACUUUACUGAAGUUACAUUUGCAGUCAGCACAUUUGUUUAAAAGCCUCUUUAUCACAUUUAAAAUUCAUGAAACAAACAUUCUGGAUUGGAAAUUGAUGCUAAAGUGAAAAACUGUUAGGACAGAAAUGCACAUGUUUAUCAUAUUUCACUUUACUGCUUCAUGUUUUAUCUGCACAGUGUGUUGUUCAUGCUACACAGGAUCGUGCACGUGCCUCUCGAGGAUUCUCCUGUUUCUGUUAAAUGUCUCAUAAUGUACAAGGUGGACAUGUGAAGAGGUUCUGAUGAAACCCCUCAGAAACCGUGUGAGCGCUCCCCCGGCCGCUCUGUGGACGAGGAGCCGUGGAGCGAGGUCUCAGAAAGUCUGCGACAGUCUUCGGGUCUAAGAUCCGUUCGAGCGCUGAAGUGUAAUUGAACGCAUUUAUCUUCUAAACAUUAUUAAUCGCCGCCAUUAAAACCGUCGUAUAUUUGCGUUCUUCUUUUCCUCCCGAGCCCGGACGACGUGUUUUAUGUGGAGCUUGAGUCUCGUAUCAAAGAUUUAAUACGUCGUCGGAUGAUAAACCUCCUGCCUUCUUUUCUCAAAGUGAUUUGUUGGUUUGAUUUCAGGUGAAAACUGGAAUCAUCGAGUUUUCACAUCUUUAAAUUCUGAAGCAAUACGAGCGUCGGGCCGGGGGGGUGUGUCUUUAUCCUCCUGCUGUGGAUGGACACUCGGUCUGGACCAGACUUUCACCACAUGACCUCCACGUGCACAGACUGAAAUGAACACAUCCUUUUCCUUCAGACACUUUUCAUCAGCUUCCUUCUGAGCAUUAGUCUCAGAAAUGUGCUCAUGAAAACCUUCUUGGUGCCAAAUAACUUCACGAAACUGUGUGAGUGUGUUGUACUGUCAUCUCCGAGCUUUGGACUGUGGUUUGAGUUUGAUGAGAGAAACGAGGGGAAGAGAAGAAUUGUGUAUUAAAUUCUCUGGUGGUACUUUUCGAACGACGUUUCCAUGUUCAGAUGCGGCAGCUUUUCAACGUAAACUGCCACGUUUGUCUCUGAUGUUUUAGAUCUGUACAUGAAUCUGAAAACUGACCCGAGAGCACAAGCAGUCUCUCGAUACAGAUGAAGUGUGUGAACUGUAAAUGACGUCAGAUUCAUGUUGAGAAACAAUAACUUCCUGUGUGUGUCUGUGUCUCUUCGGGCUUCUUUCUGCCUUCUGUCAGCCACCAGCCACGUGCCUUAAAGAGUCGAGCUGAAAGUAGAUCCGCGAGGGAAAAGCCAAAACGAGCGUGGAAGCACAUAGAGUAGGUUUACUGCAUGUGUGUGGGUCUCAACAGGAGGGGAACAGUACGUGUUUGUGUGUAUCUGUGUAUUUUAGAGAGACUCGUUGGUUCUGUUAACGGUUCAGACAGUCGCAGCAUCUCUAUGAUUAACCAUGUUGUUCUGGAAUGUAGUUCCCCAAACUCGGACUAAUUCUAAAAUCCAAAUAAACUGGAUUUGUGUUGAAACUUGUGAGGAACCAUGUGUGCGUUUCACUGCAGCUUCAGACACCAACACAGCUCACGUGCAGGUAAGAGGCAAAUUCAGGUUAAACCUUGUUUUACAUCAUCAAAUGAACACACAGCCGUUAUCUGCACCAUUGUUCAUCUGCACAUUUCUUUUCUGGAUUAUCCAAUUAAUUGUUUUGCCAAUUAAAUGUGAGAAAUGUACACGGAAUUACAAUAAAAAGGUUUUUUUA